AAAAUGGGUGAAGAUGAAGGAACUACCAAAAAGAAAGCGACUAAACGUUAUUUUCAGGAAGUCGUUGAUGAAUCUGAAGUGAAAAAGAUCAAACACAAACCGAAAAUAAAACAGGAAUUCAAAGGCGAAAUAAUCAAGGUAGAACAAAAUGUUCAGAAACCAUUGAAGCCACAUUUGAAGCGGAAGAAGGGCCAACAGAAGUAUGAGGACAAGAGACCAAAUAUACCCAAACAUAUUCUGGAGAAAUAUAAUCGAGGCGAAAAUGUCGAGGAGGCUGGUAUUAAGACGAAGUACUUCAAGGAAAAACAACAACGUAAGGAGGUGUAUUUGGAAUAUGCCACGGAACAGGCAGCAAGAACCGAAUUGUUGCUGACCGAACAACAGGGUUUCAUUGAAGCUGAUGAGGGUGAAGUAACGGCCGAAUAUCGCCAGGAAGAAAUUGCCGAAAAUGUGGACAUACAAUCAGCCUCCAAACUAUUUAAAUUAAAUUUAGAUUUCGGUCCAUACAGCAUGCGAUAUUCCAAGAAUGGAAGACAUUUGUUGUUGGGUGGUCGAAAAGGCCAUGUCACCUCCUUUGACUGGGUCACCAAGAAAAUGCAUUGUGAAAUGAAUGUUAUGGAAGAGGUGGCGGAUGUCAGCUUCCUACAUGUCCACACCAUGUUUGCUUGUGCCCAAAAAGAUCACGUGUAUAUUUAUGAUAAUCAGGGUACGGAGUUGCAUUGUAUUAAACGAAUGUAUCGGGUGAAUCGUAUGGAAUUCCUGCCAUAUCAUUUCCUACUGGCGACAGGCAAUAAGGAUGGUUAUUUAUCUUGGCUGGAUGUGUCCAUUGGUGAAUUGGUGGGGAAUUAUGGCACAAAAUUGGGUGAAAUACGUAUAAUGCGGCAAAAUCCUAGCAAUGGAGUCCUGUGUGUUGGUGGUGGUAAGGGUGUGGUGUCCAUGUGGUCACCAAAGGUCAGAGAACCCUUGGCCAAGUUGCUUUGUCAUCCAACACCAAUGUCAGCCUUGACGGUGGAUCAUAAAGGACAACAUUUAAUAACUGCCGGUUUGGAUCGCAAAGUAAAGGUGUGGGAUAUACGUGCCCUGAGUGGUCCCCUGGCGGAAUAUCAAUUACGUUUACCCGCCAAUCAAGUUGAAGUCUCACAAAAAGGUGUCUUGUCCAUAUGUCAGGGCAACUAUGUUGAAUUAUAUCACAAUCUGAUAAUGGGUGAGACGGCCAGUCGCCCUUAUUUACGCAAACAUUGUGGUUCCUUCGUCCAUGGCCUACGCUUCUGUCCAUAUGAAGAUAUUUUGGGUGUUUCAACGGCAAAUGGUUUUCAAUCGUUGCUUGUUCCCGGUUCUGGAGAACCUAAUUAUGAUGCCCUGGAAGAUAAUCCCAUGCAGACUAAAUCGCAACGUCGUGAACAUGAAGUCCACUCACUGUUGGAGAAAAUACCCGCCGAACUUAUUACAUUGGAUCCUAAUGAAAUUGCCACAGUUGAUGAGCCAACGCUGCAAGAGAAGAUUGAUGCCAAACGGUCGAUAUUCUUCUUGAAACCGCCAGAGAUACAAAUGAAUUCGAGGCGUAAAAUGAAAGGCAAAGGUGGUAGUGCAAAUGCGGCACGCAACAAACAGAUUGUUAAGGAUCAAAAGAGAAAGGAAUUCAUUGCUGAUGUACGUGAGGCGAAAAAGAAAAUCAUUGCUGCACACAAAGUGGAAGAGGGCGGUGAUGAUUUCAUACCCUUGGAAGAUACAAAACCCAGUGUAUUGGAUCGUUUUAAACCCAAACCCCUUAAAAGAAAAACAUAAUUUGUUGUU